AUCUACCAUAGAUACUUCUUUAUACACAAUCCAACAUUAUUACAAAUAUCAAAAAUGAAGAAACGAGCCACCAAAACUGCUGUUCAAAGAACAAUCGAAACACAUGGUUUCACUGCUGAAGAUACUAGUUCUCAUAAGGCAAACUAUAUUCCAAGAACUAUUGAUGUCGUGGAUUUUGCGGAGGCGAGAGCUUUUGAAAUCAAUGCCAUGAAUGAUGCUUUGGAACGAGCGAAUCAAGCUAAAAACUCUAGGGCUGCUCAAACUCUACCUCGCCACCUUCGACGCCGCGCUGCAAGUCAUAAUGUCAAACGAUUACCUGUUCGUUUGAGAAAAAAAGCAAUUGAUGAGAUGGAACUAGAUAAUACUGCUCCAAAAAAACAGAACAGACGCAAAAGAAGGCGUCUGGGUUCCUUAUCUGCUGAAUAUAAGAGACGACAAGGUAAUAAAAAGUGGCUUGAAACCCAUAUGUGGCAUUCUAAACGAAUGAAGAUGACUGAAAUAUGGGGGUAUAAAUUGGCAGAACAUCCAAAUGAAAAAAGCAUCAAGGCAUCAUAUCGAGCAAGUGAACACCUUUCAAUUAUUCAUGAUGUCUCAUACUUUGGAUGGAUAAAAAUAUCUGGCGACCUUAAUAAUAUUGUAAAGUUGUUUAACAGUGUCACUGACCCAACAUUACCAUCUAUAGGAAGUGAAAGAUAUUUAAGUGGAAAACGGCAAUGUUCCACAUUCAUAUACACUUAUUUGAAGUAUCCAACUCAUUUGGUAACACCAAUAAACCUUCUUUGGAUGCCAAUUGAUACAGAGGAUGACAACCGACAUACUCUCAUUUGGAUUCAUCCUAGCGCUUUCGAGGAAGUGUUGACAACUUUGGAAUUUGCAUGUGAACAGUUGAAGUUACAAGAUGCUAUAUCAAUUCAAAAUCUUCAAGAUGAGUUUCUGAUGUUUGAAUUAACUGGUCCACGAUCAACAGCUUUGUUACAAGAGGUUCUGGAUAUAUAUGAUGAGUCUAGCGUUCCUUCCAAUGGAAUGCUGUUAAAGCCACACGUAAAUGAUGAGGCGCAUAGGGUAUGGAGAUCCUUGCGCGACUUGCGAACAUCUACGUCAUUACCUCCUAGCAUUGUAUUAGGAUUAACGGUCCUUGAUCCACGCUUACGUUUCCCAAAGAAAGUUCCACCGCGUUCAAAUAUAAUACCUGUUGGAUCGGAAAGAGACGUACAAGAUAUUUUGGCUAAUUGGCCUAAAAAUGUUGCAUAUUCUGAUUUAUGGAAUGAUAAUUUUCGGAAUGCAUUACGUGACAGUAAAGUUUCUGACGGUGAUUUAGAUAAACGCAGAAGUAAAUUGCUUGUUCCGGGACAAAAGUUACUAUUACAACCGGAAGAUUCUCUAAUUCCAAUCUUAUUAAUACAACGUGAUGGAAUUAACAUGCCGGCUCAAUCAGUAAGAAAGACAUCAUCACCAGAAUUUAUUGGUGGUUGGAAUAUUGUUUUACCUGCAGGCUGGGGAAUGGCUUUUUGGAAAAGUUUUAUUUUUGCGGGUGCAUGGGUCGGGGGAUUGCGGGAGCGUCAUAACCAUCAUUUCGAAUCAGGUAUAUCAUGUUUUCCAUAUGAUUUUCCUGGUACUAAAUCAUUUGAGAAUUUUUCUAAUGGACAGAAAAAGAAAGCACAAUUGGAAUAUAACGCUCGUCCACCUGCAAAGCGUCCAAAUUUUAAAAAACUUCAAGUCGAUUCACCAUUCGAACAACCUUUUUACCAGCUGGUAGAAAUAAAAAUAGAUCAAACCAAAUCACUUGAUAAGAUACUCGAAGUGAAUUCCAUGGAUAUAAUUGAAGAGCCUAAAGACCAAAUACCAUGGUUACUCCAGGGAACAAAAAAUAUUCAUUUACUUGAAAAUUUCGAAAAUCUAAGUGGAGAAUUUAGCCAGGCGCUCUCUACACAAAUUAUGCAAACAUUUAAUUCCAGAGAUAUAAACCCUGAAAAUGAAGUUGAUAUGAGUAAAGCGCUCGUACGUGUUAGAAUAGAGUUCUUGGCAAGGGGAUUACCUGGACCAAAUGCUAUAAUAUAUAAGGCCGAUAAGAAUAAGUAUGAUUAUUGGGCCAAUGUACUCAAAAAUAAAAAAAAUAAUUCAAGUAAUAUAGAAAUUGGUUCGGGUCAAGAAGGUACAGAGAAGGUUCAAUCAUCUCCAUUACCUCCCAAGUCUGACAUAAUUGGUUAUGUCACAACGGGCCAAUUUUCUUUUAGUCAAGGACAUGGAUUUGCAAUUGGAUGUUGUUCAGUGACUGGUAUUUUGGAUCUACUAAAAAUUCAAAGAAGUGAACAAAGGAAAAUAAAAAAAUUUGUUUUAGUUAGAAAGAUAACAAGUAUUAUUUGUCAACCUGCUACAUUAGAAUUUUUAUCGUGAUUAGGUAAGUAAGAUAUUUAUCAAGUCCGACUCAAACAAGCGGUACAACUAUUGUAGUUUUUCUUUACUAUAUACUAUAAAAUAAAAAAUUAUCUUUUUUGAAAAUUUUGUAUGAGUGAUACAAAUAUUUAAAUAAAUAUUAAGUAUUAAUAAUACUAAGUAAUGAUUGUUUAUCCAUUUUAU